AGUCUGAGAGAGUGAAGCAGUGUAGACGGCACAAGACCUUCUGGCGCUAAUGGCGACCACUCUGCUCGCUUCCGCCUGCUCUCCCUAUCCACUCGCGCCCCCGCUUUCCAAAACCCUAAACCCCACCUCCAAGCCGCUUCAUCCCCCCGCCCUCUGCUUGCCCCGCCUCACCGUGCCAUCGCCCCUCCGCCUCCUCCUCCCCCGUCGCGGGCGGCGGGACGUGUCGGCGGCGGCGUACGGCGACGGCGGCGACAUGGACGACGACUUCGGCGACGCGGGCGACUUCGACCUCGACGGGGACGACGGCGUGGGCGACGACGAGGACCUCGACAACGAGCAGGACUACGACGUCGACUACGACCGCCUCCUCGCCCCCGUCAAGCCGCCGCGUCCCCGGGGAGCCGGGGGCGAGGACGGGGAGGGCCAGGGCGACAUCGCCAUGGUCUCCGCCGACAGCUUCGUGUCCACGCGGGAGUCCGCCUCCGACACCGUCGUCGACUACACCGUCGACGAGGACGAGUUCCACAAGAUCUCCCUCCUCCACUGCGACUUCUUCAUCCGCAAGGUGCCCGACCCCGACCACGACGUCUACGACUUCCGAGAGAUGUACGUCACGCAGCCCGACACCGACGUCUACUCCAUUCCGAGGGUUCUUGCCCCGAUGCCACAGAAGUAUGUGAGGUGCGCGAAGAAAAACUAUGGCCGCUACAAUGUAACUGAGCCACCGGUUGAGCAUUUGCGCGACCCCCUAUACAAGACAGAGAGGGAGAUUAUGAAGGUUUUCUUAACAAAACACUACAGAAAUAGGCGGUUUAAUGAUCCAGAUUUUUUCCUCGAUUUUGAGGAGAUUUAUGUCAUUGACUCAAAAACAAGGUCAAUCACAAGAGCGAAAGUUGUGGUGAAUGUCCCUGAAGGAAAGAAGAGGGAUAGGAGGAACGACCUGCUGCUCAUACGCGACGGAGGGGAGUCUUUCAGGAUAACUGACAAGACUCAAAGGGACGACGCGACCACCAUCAUCCAGAGGGAAGAGUGGAAGAAGUCGAGACAAGACGUGGAGAAGCACUUCCGUAAGCUCCGAGAUUUUGACUACUCUAACUGGUUCUGAAGAAACAGGCGCCGGUGAAGUUUGUGAAGAAGAUUGUGCAGCGAUUUUGUUGUUUCGUUGGCUGCUGCUUGUGAUAGAGCUACUAGGAACAUUUGGUGGUGAAGCGAGAGCUGCCAUGUUUGAAGCAGAGUUGCCAUGUUUGAAGCAGAGUAGAAUUUAGAUAUGUGGCGUUUGGGCAGUAUGUAAGAAAACUCAAAGUGGCUAAGGAUAUUUUCCUAAAAAUUGAAAAUAGGGGUGUUGCGAGAAUCGAA